AUGACAACCACAGCUGAAACUUAUCAUUCUACUUAUAAGAAUUCAUUAAUUGAUAAUGGAAGUUUAACAACAAAAGAUGACGACCCCUCGUCGAUUGUUGCUAAUGUUACAAUUGAUGAAUUAGUUGGAUCGUGUUGCAAUGAAGUAUUACCUUCGUCAUCAUCAUCGUCUAGUCAAUUAAAUAGCAGUAGUGUAUCUCCAUCACAUCUGGUACGAUUUGUUCACUCACAAUCGUCACUCGUCAGUCAGAUAGAUGAAACAAUAAAUACUACCGUUCAAGAAUCUCCAUCCAAUUCAAUCUUAUCUAGUCAAGAUACACCAAUCAAGCAGCAACCACCAUUGAUUAAUGUCACACGUUUACCAUCACCAUUCUCCACCAUUAAACCAAAAACCAUCAUUGAAUCGAGUAAUUCAAUGCACAACACAACAAACCUAACAAAUAUCACAGCAAAUAAUAUCAGUGUGAAUAAUUAUAAUGUCAAUAUUCAUACAACUAAUGUUCAACAGCCAACUCAAGCAAUAAUCAACAAUACGUCAAAUGAUCAUUUGUCAAAAAAAUGUAGUCCUUUGGAUGAGAAACAAACUACAGAAAUCGUUACACAAAUAUUAAAGAAUAUCAAGGAAGUUGAUAGCAAUACCGAUCAACAAACGACAACUACAACGAAUUACAAUAUUCAUAUUGAUUCGUUUAAUUUUUCUUCAUCAAAUGAACAACAAACAAUUAUCAAUAAGAAAACUCGAAUAAAGAAAGAAGCGAAAGCAUUGACAAGAAUUAUUGUCAAAGAUGAAUCAACACGACCAACGUCACCGAAUUUCUUGCGAAAUAAGAAAGCAACAAAGAGUUCGCCAAACAGUCACAGUAGUGAUAGUCAAACAUCAGGAGAAUUCAUUCCUGUGCCAUAUGGAUGGCAGAGGAGAAUAUUAGCAGCGGAUCUGGUGGUUUAUGUCAGUCCAACAAAUGCAAUACUCGAUUCUUUGGAUGCCGUGCGUCGUUAUCUUGAAUCGCCAAGCUCAUGCAAAUGCGGCCUUCAAUGCCCACUGAUUGUUGAGAAGGUGUUCAAUUUUGAUUCGUCAAUUUCGGCGAAAUCUUGGGAAGUAACUCAAGUUCUCGAAGGUACUAACUGUCGACAGAAAUCCAACAUAUUAGAAAUGGCCACAUUGACGAACUGUAUUGAUUCAUUUUGUGAAACAGAUCAAAAACCAGUCAAACGUCGAAAGCGAGUACAUAAUGAAGGAGCUAAUGGAAACGUUUUUGUAUGUGCUUCGAAUGUAACUGGAAAUAGUAAUAAUGAAUCAGUUGUGUUUGUUAAUAAUACCAGUCAAACAUCAGAAGGUAGUCAAUCGAUGACAUGGACACCUGUGCAACAAGCGAAUGUUACUCCGUCAUCGAAACGGCCACGUGGUCGUCCACGUAAAACGACUGUUACGUCGCCAAUUAUUGCUCAACUUGCUGUUAAACCACCAUCCAAUGAAGUUCAACAAGCACAACCUGUUCCGUCAUCGAUGCUUUCGCCACCAGCGUCUGUUUCGUCGAGCUCGCAGACAAAUCAUCUGCAUCAAAAUUCGGUUUCACCAUCGACGCAUGCUCAUAACAAUAUCCGUUACGUGAAUGAUAACAUCGUCACACCACCGAUUUUUACUUCAACAACGGAUACGAAUGUCAUUGCACGCGUCCCAUCACUGUUCGAUCAAGUUAAAACAACAACGAACGAAUCAACAUUUGCUGUUCUCUCAGGUGUACAAAACGUUCUACUUUCACCAAAUCGAGAUUCAAACAAUAAUAAGCGCGCGCGUGUUGAAUCAGCUUCAGCAGUUAUAGCAACAAACAAUACAACCAACAAACAGGUUACAUUAAAUGUAAACGCAUUAAAACCAGACUUCGUCCGUUCACCAGCUAUUGCUCAAAAGCCAUGUGUAUCAUCAACAACAACAACACCGACAACAAAUCCAACCGCAAUGCCAAAUCAAAUCGAUGUUAUUUCAUUGAUGGGUACAACGAAUCAAACACAAAUAAUGCUUCCGAAAGCAUCAACAACCAAUGAUGAAUAUCAAUUAAACAAAACAACUAAUGAUCAAAACAAUGAUUCGUCACAGCCAUUGAUGAUUGACUUUAACGAUCCCUCGACAACAAAUUUUCUUUUAUCAGCUCUAGCAUCGGGUGCAUCGUCGGAUUCCAAUGCUAUUGUUAACCAUCUUUUUCAAAAAGCACAAACACAACAACAACGAACAACCACCACAUCGCCACCGCCAAUCGCAACUGCAACAUCAAUUAAUGCUGCAUCGGUCAUUAAAAAGAAACUACCGAUCAUUUCGUCUGGAUCGAAAACUUGUACAGAAACAACAAAUCUGCUACCAACAGCACCCGUGCGACAGUCUGUUGUGCUUCAUGUUCCAUCAAACAAUGACUACAACCAACAGACACCAGCGCAACAGAUUAUUUUAAACAAUAAUAACAACAUGGAAGAGCGAAAGCAACCGCAACAAAUAUUUUUUAUUAAUAAUAAGCCAUAUAUAAUUCAACAAAAACUUACCAAUGAUCAGUCUUCUCAACAACGAUUGAUUUUGACACCAUCUAUUACACCGUCCGAUGAUUCUACUUCAUCGAAUCGACAUCCUGUUACUGUCAACAACAACAACACUAAUUCAGCGAAGACGAACAAUCCACGUGGUCAAUCAACACUUGACGAUGGUGGCAACUGCCUUUUAUUAAAUGGGCCGGUGGAACCGAAAACGCUUCGUACGUUAUUGAAAGGCUUAAAUUCAUCAUCAUUUUCAGGUGUUGAUAAUCUUAUUGACACUAUCAAUCGUUUUGAACAUACGACAUCAUCUGUUGAACAGACUGAUAAUCUGUUAAUCAAAUCCGUUCGAACAACCAAGGCUAGUCCUGCGAAGAAACUUUCAGCAAAUCCAGAUAAACCCGCACCACGACGUCGUACAACCAAAAAAGCUAAGCAAGAAGUAGAAGAUCAACAGCAGCAGCAACAACAACAAAUGCAAAGAUCAAUGCCAUUGUUAUCUCAACCAAUUGUUGUUGAACAACAACAACAACAACAAUGGCAAACCGAUUUUAACUCAUUUGACUUCUCUACACCAUGGGGUAGUGAUACUAAUUUGAAUUCUCUUUUACUCAACGAUGAUUUCGAUACGGCUGCCUCAUUUGACGAUGUUAGUUUCGGCGAUUUCGAACCGUAUAUGACUGGCAACAAUAAUCUCAGUAAUAAUGAUUUAACAUUACCUUCAUUAUUUGUCAAACCACUACCAUGCGAUAGUUUGCCAAGUGUUGAUCAUCUUUUACCUUAG